AUGUCAGCCGGCUACCCGAGCGAAGCAUCUGCAUCGAAGGAAGAGCUCCAGGUUCAGGUUCUGGGGCUGCAUGGAGACGGAUUCAACUUGCAAGUGCUCACAGGCUCUGAGCUUCGAAAGAUGAUUCGGGACCGACUUCCAUGCAAAGAUGGAGCAAGAGUCUCAGUGCUGAGAGGAACUGAGAAGCUGUCACUGAGGAAGACUCUGACCGAACAAGGUCUUGCACCAGGGCAAUCACUCUCUUUGUCCUACACUUAUGAGGCAGUCGACCUGCAGGACCCGAGCGAAGACGGUCGGGUCUUCCACCAGUACAUCGAGGUUUGGUUGAGAUCAGAUGGAGACGGGACCCUGAAUGAGCCCAAGUGCUGGUGCUCAUUUCCAAGCGCAAAGGCUUGGAAAACCAUGAUUAUGGUUUCGGGAGGAAUUGGGCUAGGCCAGCAUGUUGACAGUAGGCCCUCAUGCAACCAUCCUAAGUGGCAUGCUUGUUGGAAACUUAUUUACCCCUUGCAGAGUUCUUUUAACUAA